CAGUGUCAGUUUCUUGUUCAGACCUGGCAGAAAGAGGCAGGAAUGUAGAAGACAAGAAGAAACAUGAAACUGAGCCUUGUUACUGGAUAUAGCGUAAAAGGAGUAAAGACAGAAUGAACACUUUAGUCUUCAGCAAGCAUCUGUGAUUUACAUUGUCUGCAGAUCCCAUUUCUUGUCUGAGCAUGGCAUGUGCUUGGGAUUUUCAGUUCCGUGUACUUCUGUUGGGAGACUCAGGAGUGGGUAAGACUUCUCUACUCCAUCGUUACACGGAUGGCCAAUUUACAGACACAACAACAGAGACAGUAGGAGUUGAUUUCUGCUGCCGGGAAGAGGAGCCAGAGCCUGGUGUAAAAGUCAGACUGCAGUUCUGGGACACGGCAGGGCAAGAGCGAUAUAGAGCUGUGACACGUUCCUACUACAGAAAUGCUGCCGGGGUUCUCCUUCUCUUUGAUCUUACCACACGGCAAUCUUUUGAUAAUGUCACUGAAUGGCAUAUGGAGGUAACUGAGCGGACUCAAGCCAAACCAAUGGUGUUCAUGCUGCUUGGAGCAAAGAAUGACCUGAAGGAGAAGCGAAUGGUAACCCGGGAGGAGGCCCAGAGACUAGCAGAAAAUCUUAGUGCUCCUUAUUUAGAGACCUCUGCCCGAACAGGGAGCAAUGUGUCUGCUGCACUUUCACUUUUGUGCAGGGAACUGCUUAGAGCUGCUCGUUCGCAGGCCCAGGUAUCAACAGAUGACAGUAGUGGGGCCUAUUGUACAAACAAAGAAAUGCAGAAAAACCAAGAAGCAAAAUGCACAUGUUGAAAAAAAAACCAAAAAAAAAAAAAACAGAGAGUGAUUGUGCCUGUUAAUGGCAGUUUUGGUAUUAAUCUCACUGCCGGAGUUUGACAGAACUGAUGCCAUCAGCACUUUAACACUCUUCACUUUUACCUGGACUGUUUCCAUGAAUGGACAAACAGAAUCAGUAGAAAUAGUAAUUACAUCAGCCAUGUUUAAUUAAACAAACAAUCCUAUGUAUAUACAAAAGGUAGUCAGGGGACCAAUUAACCCUUUCCCAGCAAGAGGGUUGUAAACUUUCUGUCCCCAAAGUUAGACUCUUCUCUGAAGAGGUUGCCUUCACGCUCAUCUGUCAUCUGUGGCAGUUUGAAGGUGUCAAGAUCAGAAUGGCAAGGGAUUGCAGAAGUCCAAAGUCACAAAUGGAUUUUAUUUCUUUUGUGUUUUCUUAAUUAAAGCCAUUCUCUGUUAGAAAAACAGAGGGGAUGGUAAGUAGGCAGGUAAACAUAAACAGACAAAACAAUUUGAUUUGAAAAAAAAAAAAAAAACUAGUUUAAUUAAAGUUAAAUUAAAAUGAAAAUGCUGACACUGAUAUUGUUCUUUAGAGGUAUGCCAGCCCCACCUUGCCUGCUCUCCCAGGUGUUCAAUAUGGCACCAAUGGCUAGUUGCAAUGUGUAUGUGCCGAACCUGGGCAACGGCAGGCAAAUGCUGAACACGUGAAAGAGCAGCUGAGAUGAAGCCACUGCACCUCUAAAAAAUAUCAGCACCAUAACACCAUGUUUUUAAAGGAAGAGGGACACUGUCCUGGAAUUCAAGGUAAGCAGGCUGUGGUCAUCGGGAAGUCAACUUAAAAUUUUGCAUCCCCCAGAUUGGCCUUUUUUUGUUCUUUGCAAGUAAAAAUGCAACAUUGUGCAAAUUAAAACAAAGGUAGCAACAAAAAAUUAAUAAAUAAAUAAAUUAAAAAACCCCCACAAAGGCUUGGGUACACCAUUAUAACCCUUGGGUACACCAUUUUCUGUUACAUAAGCCUUUACAUGUCAUUUCUCCACAUCAAUUCUUAAACAAGACUGCCAGUCAAAGCCAACACUGACCUUCUACCAUAAUGGAUGGAUAUGAUUUUCUUACUUGUUCCCUAUCAGAGCAUGUUUCUCUCUAACUCACUUAAAAUGUAUCCAAGAUUCUAGCCACCCUUCAUGUUCUAAAGCCAUGACCACCAUUAUCCUUAAACCUGGCAAAAAGUAAUAUGGAUUCAUAUUUCUUACUCUUAAUGCAAACAUCCAAGCCAAAGUUCUAGCCAACCCUUCAGUGUAAGGUAUCUCAGAUCGAAUACACCCCAACAAAUUGUUUGGGUGUAUUGGAUCUAAUGUUUGGGGUGUAAGAUGAUUAAACAAAUAAGUUAUAAUUUAUUUGGAGAAAUAAGGCACAGAGUAUGGCACUGUAUUUACCAACCUUUUCAACUAAUGUGAGAGGAUUUGGCCUACCAAAUGUAUAUUUUAUUUCCUAGGCGCUCAAAUCCAAUACGUCUACUGGCGAUUUAAUUUAGAUCUUGAUAACCCUAAAACUAUACUGCAAGUGUUUAACUAUACAUUCAGUUCUCAUAUGCUACUCCAACUGAAGCUCCAGACACACAUGCUUACGCUGCCACUGGAAUUGAUAGCACCCUCAAAGGCAUGGAUCCAAGCACUAACCAUAUGUCCUCUGAAGGGCCAUACAUCUUAUGCCAAAUUAUAGGUUUAUACUUUGGACUGGAUAAAAGUCACAAAAGGAUCAAAUGAAAAAAGCACACUAUUUGAAAAUGGACAGCCACAUUACCUGUUUAUGUGCUUCAGUAGUACAAGCCUUUUUAUAGGGCCGAAUUUCUUCUGAACCAAAGCCUGGAAUCCACAUGUUCCACUGUCUCUCUGUGUAAAUAGGAGCAGAAAUUCAACAUCUCAGACUUGUAUGCUUGGUUUUACAUCUGAUGCCCGUGUCAUAUACUUAAUAAUCAAGAAGGAAGGCUCUCUCUAUUUAACAUUAUCAUAAUAAGGGAGGAGGGAGAAAAAAAUAAGGAAAGAAAAAACAAUCAUAACACUGUACUUUUUUUUGUACUCUGAAUCUGAUUUAUAAGUGGUGUAAUUCUUAAGCUGCACCAGCAGGUGACAUUGUAAUUUAGAUAAAAACAUUAUUAAUGUUAUUAUUAAAGGGCCAGUAUACUCCCAUUCAACAAGAGCAUAAUAAAUAGAGCUUGCAAUGAACAUACUUUUCGCCUAAUGUUUUAAUCAUGAAAGAUCAAUGUUUUUUGUUAAACAGGGCAAACAGGGAAAUUUAAACUACUCCAUGUUUAGUCUUUUGAGGUAGAUAAUUGAAUUACUAGUACACAUACAACCCCUCUGAAUAAUGGACUCCUGCUAGAAAAAAUAAAGGGUAAAGGCAGUGGGUUCAGAUUUUGAAGUGACAACCCCCCCCCCCCACAUAUAUUUAUUCAUGAAAAUUAUAGACAAUAAAAAUCUUGACUGCUUUUCCCAAGGAUCCCUUGUGCCAGUGCAUGCACACUAAUACACAGAAAAUCUUCACUAAUAUUUAUUUAGGAAAGUGUGAUGUGUGAUGUGUUUUUGCUGACUUUUAUAUUGAUUUAAUCCCACUUUUGCACAGAUUCAUCUUAGCUCAUGACAGGGUUUUUAUACAUAUUGAGAAAAAGCUGCUCAUGUGUAUCUUAUCCAAGUGGGACAGCAGAAUUAAACAAAAUACAAAGUUGGCAUCAUAUGGUUAUGGUUAACAUACCAAGAUGAAGCUGUACAUCCUUAACUUCUAAAGUGUUGGAUUUGCGGUGUCGGGCAAGCUGGCAGGCUGCAGAUACCACACUCUCAAUGAAAUCAUCUGCGAUCUGUAGAAGCAUCUAUGUGGACAGAGCAAGAUAAACACAAAUGGAAACUAUGCUCUUAAAGUCAAAUAUUGGUUGAAUGCUCACCGAUGGUAUAGAUGGGCCUGGGUGCUCACGCCCCAGACCUUCAGCUUGAGGGGGCCAUAAGGAAAUCCAAAAUUUAGAAGAUGGCAGGCACUCCAGGACUUGAGAAAAUGUAUCAAGCAGUAGCUCAAAAAUUGCAGUAAAAUCAAAAAUGUUUAUUUAUAUUAACACAUAAUGCUGCAUAGCCUUACACGUUUCGUACCAUCAUGGUACUUAAUCAUAGGCUAAAUAAAAAGACACAAAUUAGCCAAUAGCUGUACAGAAAAGAUCAACCAAUCAUAGUAUGUUGAGGUUAAUUGGAAGACCAUUAUGCAGUCUAAGCUUAGAUAUUAGAACAAAAACAUUAGUGUUAGGCAAUAUAGUAUACAGAUCUGCCAAGGAUAUCAUAAAUUGUAUUAUCUUUACAAAAUGUAAAUAUGUAUAUUGUAAAAUAAAGUUUAACCUUUCUUUUUUUUUUUUUGUAUUUAACUCUUUUAUUUUCAGAAUAAAGAUAUAGCUUCACAUCAUACAUUUGCAGUUUUUUACAUUGGUUUGAGCCUUCUUAUUGUCACAUUUUUAACAUCAUGUCACCUUAUAAUGUAGAUGCAAUAAAAGUUUAACCUUUCUAUUA